GGUGGCGCUACCUGCAUAGUGUCAUGGGCGCGCUCAUAUACAAAGGUGGAUAUACAAAUGAGACGUCUUUUAAUACGUCUUUUUGAGAGGAUCUUUUAUAACAUCUAUGCACGUUGAGACAGAAUGAAGUUCAGGGGAAAACUAGUUGACAUUGGCUGCAUUCAACAUUUUACUAGAGUGAUAACAACAAUUUCGAAGUUGGCGAAGACUUGUACGUUACGCAUCACAAGCCACAAGCUGUACUUCAUUCUUACAGAACAGGUGGCCAAUGGUGGUGUGAGAAUAUGGUGUGAACUAGUGCAGGGUAACUUCUUCGAUGAGUAUGACAUGGAAGGUGUGAACAAGGAAGAGGCAAAUGAAAUCUACCUUGAACUGAUUCCUGAAAAUUUAGCUAGAAGCCUCAGAAAUGUCGUUCAGCUGGCAAAGUCAGUAAAGAUAAAGCUCACCAAAAAACACACACCUUGCUUGACAUUAGAAAUUGAGCUUCCGUCUCUAACAGGUCAUUCAAGAAUCGUGCUUCAUGACGUGCCAGUAAGUGUGAUUCCAAGACGAUUAUGGGGAGACUUCGAAGAACCAGAAAUGCCAAACUUUGACGUAAGCAUCUGUUUACCCCAGCUAAAGAUUCUUAGGAACGUAGUUGAUCGCAUGAAGGCUAUGAGCAAUUCUGUGAUUAUCGCUGCCAACCAGAAUGGAGAACUGGCACUGAAGGUUCACACGGACAUGGUCAAUGUGACGACUCACUUUAAAGAUCUCAGUAACCCGUCAUGGAGUGACGAGCAUGGAGAUGGCGCGUCUCAAAAAACAACAGUGAUGGGGAGUGGGAAAAGUAAAUUCGCAGAGGCUAAAGUUGACAUCAGACGGUUCGCCCAGUUUCUCGCCGGUCAGCAAGUGAACCCCACGAAAGUCAUUUGUAAUAUAGUGAACGAAAAGGUGAUACACUUCUUCUUACUACAUGACGAUUUGUCCUUGCAGUACUUCAUACCUGCUGUGUACUAAGGGGGUACAUUUUCCCAUAGCAGACGCUUUAACACCAGAAGCAAAGGGCGUGAGGAGAGUGAUUGGAUGACUGUAAAAAUUGCAUUCGUAGUUGUAAAUAAAUGUAUUCGACUAUAAGUACUUUAAAGUUUGAUAAUAUAAAUUAUAACUGCAACAUCAUGUCUAAAGAAAAUCACAAAUAAUCUAGUUGUAAAGAAUGUUUUAUUACGACCUACUUCCAUAAUAUAAUGAAUGUAAGAAAAUAAUCAAGAUAUACAAAUGCAUUUAUGUAAUGUUCAAAGAUCUAGUCACCUACGAAAAAAGGGCAGCUAACACUGGCAGGAAAAUUCGUGACAAAUAUUCAGCAGCAGUAAUUUAUCAUAAAAAGAUGAAAGUCAGCAUUCAAUAAAAAUUCUUCACUGCCCAGCAGC